GCGGAAGCGAAAGGAAGGGAUCGCAUCAUAUCAUCAACACCAAGCAUAGCUGUCAACGGUACGCCGAAAGAAAAACACAUACAAAUUGUUUGACUCGACUCUGUCGUGUGUGUGUUGCAUUGGUUGUAUACUAUCCGGUGGCACCCAUUGGCAAGCAAGCGAAGGGAAGAGAUAGAAGAGAGAUUUGAAUGAGAGAAUUUUGAGUUUUUGUUGUUCUCAAUCAGAUCAGCUUGUGCCGACCAUUGACAAGAAAGCGACCCCACCAGUUUUGACGUGAGCGGCAACUCAACGUAACCAUCAUACUCGUGCUAGUCGUUAACCUGCGGAGUCUGUUGUAGCAAUGAACCGCAACAACAACAUCAAUAGCAACAACGAGACAAGUGACAACAACCAUCCGAUGGACGACGCAUUGUUGAGUGAAGACGAAGAACGCGAAUUCCUGUAUGAUCUAGAGGGUCCGCCGACUGUCAGUACUUCUUGCGCAGAAGAGCUCUUUGACAGUGUCCUUCCUCCCUUGCACCACGUAACCAUUCCCAACGCCAGCAGCCGACGUCGCGCUCAUACGGUCGACACGGUCCAACAACAACGCCGCGCUUCCGAGAGUAUCAUCCACAACCAGAACCAGUUGUUGUUGGAAGAUGGCCAAGACGACGACGAUAGCACGCUCAGCGUCGAUUUGGAAGAGCACAAUGACACGUCCUUAUUCCGUCGUCCGGAUGAGACCGCCGCUCCUACGAGUCAACGAACGCUUCGCUUGACGCUAUCGCAGGAGAGUCGGUUACAGCGCCGUCAAAUGCUGGUCAAUUCACGCUGUGUCCGAGGAUUCCUCACACUCUUUGUCUAUGGCAUUUUGGUACUUCAACCCUCCUUGUUGACGGCCACGGCUCCGGAUGCACUCGAACCGCUCGAUACUCCAACGACACAGCCCAUCAACAACUCUACAUACAACAACAAGAAAAAGACGCUAGUCCCACUCGCCAAUCUGCCCAAAUUCCGACACAAACCACGGACUGCGGGUAUGACCAAAUACCACAAGACUAAUAGCACCGCGGCACACCAUACCACACCACCCCAAAUUUACCACAAAAAGCAGCGGCCCAUUCUCAGUGCAGCCCAUUCCUAUCAAUUCCAUCAGGAACCAUUGGCGUUUGGCCGAGAGUUGAAAACUUCCUUUGUUGUUGACAGCAGCGACUAUUCACGAGAAGCUCCGUCGCAAUCCUUUUGGGGAACCAGUCUCGUUUGGUUGUCGCUAUUGUGUCUUAUUGUCGACACUUCCUACCGCGAGUGGCAGUAUUACCGAUGGCAUCGGCGUCAGCCCUCCACUUCUUCUUCUUCUCGGCGACAGCAUCAUCGACGAUCGCCCAGCCCAAUUCCCGUGCGACGUCGACAACAGCAACGGCGGAGGCCGCAACAACGACCUCGAUUUGAUUCCUUCUAGCUAGCUAGCUACUAUUUAGCGAAAAGAAAGAAUGAAACUAUGCAUAAUAAUAACCACGAAGGUAGUUAUAGUAAAACCUACAUCCAAUUCAAGCAUAUGCACAUGUAUCAAUCAUCCAAACGCUGCUCUAUCAGGAAUCGUUCGUGCCGUUGACC